ACAGCUGAGCGGUGGCGCGGCCAGCUGUGGGUGGAGUCACUCCGGGGCCUGGACGGGAACCUGGCGGGGUCAGCUCCCGUCAAGAACCCUGGCUGAUGGCUGUGUGGGGCCUGGGGAGUCGUCUUGGCCUGCGCGGAUGCUUCGGCGCCGCCAGGCUCCUGUAUCCCCGUUUCCAGAGCCGCAGCCCUCAGGGCGUGGAAGACGGGGACAGGCCACAGCCUUCCUCGAAGACACCCAGGAUCCCCAAGAUUUACACCAAAACGGGAGACAAAGGGUUUUCUAGCACUUUCACAGGAGAAAGGAGACCCAAAGACGACCAAGUGUUUGAAGCCGUGGGAACUACAGAUGAAUUAAGUUCAGCUAUUGGGUUUGCUCUGGAAUUAGUCACAGAAAAGGGCCACAUAUUUGCUGAAGAGCUUCAGAAAAUCCAGUGCACAUUGCAGGACGUCGGCUCGGCUCUGGCGACACCACGCUCGUCGGCCCGGGAGGCUCACUUAAGUAAUUCUCAACCUCCUGUGAGCCUAGGAGUACACCACGUUCGAGGCGGGGCCCAUCCUGGAGCUGGAGCAGUGGAUCGACAAGUAUACCUGCCAGCUCCCACCACUCACGGCCUUCAUCCUGCCUUCGGGAGGCAAGAUCAGCUCAGCGCUGCAUUUCUGCCGGGCCGUGUGCCGCCGGGCCGAGAGACGAGACCAGGCUGCCAGCCUGCUUUACAGAGAAGAGAAAGCAAGCCCUACUUUGAUCCAGUGGACAGUGUGGUGCCUCUUGUCCAGAUGGGAGAGACCGAUGCGAACGUGGCCAAGUUCUUAAACAGACUCAGUGACUAUCUCUUCACACUAGCCAGAUAUGCAGCCAUGAAGGAGGGGAAUCAAGAGAAAAUAUACAAGAAAAAUGACCCAUCAGCCGAGUCGGAGGCACGCUGAAAUCACAGAAAGUGGGAGCUUGGAGGAUCCCUCCAUGGCAAUGGCCAUGGAGAGAGGAGCUUGCCCUUCUGGGGUUCUGGUUCCUGAAGAGCUCACCCAGAGAGACUGAAAGCAGCCUUUCGUCCCAGCUCUGCUUUGCUCCACACCUCCUGCCACCUUCCUCAAGGGACUGUGGCCCUUUGGGGAUUCUGUCCCUGACCCUGCUUCCCCAAGCUCUCCUGGGUCUUGGAGGGAUGUGGGAAUGAAUUGGCAUUGCAGGAAAGACAGGUAAAGUGAUUGCUGCAAUGAGAAGGAGCUGUGCGGAAAAAGAAUAAAAGUGAGAAAGGCUGGAGCCGUGUGUGUGUGUGUGUGUGUGUGUGUGUGUGUGUGUGUGUGUGUGUGUGUGUGAGAGAGAGAGAGAGAGAGAGAGCGCCCUCCUACUGCCAGCUCAGGUUGUUCAGAGAUUUGGAAUGGGACCAGAGGCCCUUGAAAAUGUAAUUGUGAUUUACCUGUGCCAAAGGGGCUUUAAAUGUCACAUUUGUAACAGGGAAGGCGGACAGGAUUUGGAAGUUUAGUUACCUCUGAGCCACCCAUCACUGCCAAAGUGUGGGGGAAGGAUAGCUGCAGAUUGACAGGCGAGGCUCAGAAACUCCUGGCUUAGAUUGAAGUGUGUGUGGUGGGGGUGCAGCUUAGAGGACCCCCUCUGAAAGGGGUGGAGACCCUGCUGAGAACACCACUACCGCUUGAAGGUGAACAUUCCCUGUCCAGUUGGACUGAGUCGAGGGUCUGUGGUGCAGCGUCUUCAGCUUAAGAAAAUGAGGUUGUCAGUUUCCAGCGACGCUGACAUCCACCAGACUGAUUUCUCUGAUGUUGCACUUGGCUGGCUUACACCUCUGAGAUCCAUGCACGGCUGUAUUUAUUUCAGUUGUCACCGCUCCUCCCUCCUGCUAUGAAACGACACUUGCCAGUGCCAGCAGUGUCCUUGGGAAAGGCGAUAUUUAUGAAGGGCAGAAGAGGCAGCCCCAAGAACCUGAAGACUGCAGGCUGCUAAUUGCAGGAAAUGACUUUGGAAGGACAGACUCUUGUUGAGUUUCAGGGCUGAAAUGCCUGGCGAACUCCAUUCAGCCAUCACGUAUUGACUGAGUGGCUGCUUAGCAUGGGCCACGGAGCGAGGCUCGGGUCAGCUGGUCACUCAGGCCAUCUUUCAUGCUGGCAAGUCAGCAAACAUUACAUUCUCAGUCAUGUGCAUA